GGGUAAAACAGUAAAGCUCUCCUCCGCUGCCUGGCUAAACCACUCCCCUCUUAAUAUCUAGUAUGACAUGCUUACUGAGCCUGAGAACACAACUGCGAACAGAGUAGUUUGGUGCGUCGGCAAAAGACACGACGUCGAUAGCUGGGAUAAAACGUAAGGAUUCUCCAACAACAAAUACAGGUCGGUACAUUUUUUAUCUAUGCAGCAGAGCUGAAUCCAUAUUGGUUGCACGAGGCGAAUUUAUUUACGUGAAACAGUUGGAUUAUCCACAUAGAUUUGGUCGACUACACGACGCUCAGGUGAAAUAACUAGUUUUUGAAUAUACUUUUUAAAUAGUAUUGGCUCAGGCAAGUGGUUGGUGUAUAUAGUUAUAUGUCAAUGGGACCGUUGAUUAAACUUUUCCAAAAAAAUUGACACCUGUUUAGCCUGGUGAGUUAUUGAUACUGUAGUAGUUUCCUGUACUGUCUGUCUUUCCAGGUUCUUGGGUUAGGCAACAUCUGAGAUUUAUACACAGAAAAUGUUAUUUGCCACAUGUUUCGUAAACAACAUGUGUAGACUAACAGUGAAAUGCUUACUUACAGGCCUUUCCCAACAAUGCAGAGAGAGGAAAAAAUAAAUAAUAACACAAGGAAUCAAUACACAAUGAGUAACGAUAACUUGGCUAUAUACAUGCCGUACCAGUACUGAGUCGAUGUGCAGGAGUAUGACGUAACGUAAGAUAUGUACAUAUGUUGGGAUAAAGUGACUAGGCAAUAGGAUAGAUAACAAACAGUAGCAGAAGCGUAUGUGAUUAGUCAAAAUAGUUAGUGGAAAAAGGGUCAAUGCAGACAGUCCGCCGUAGGUAUUGGUAAACUAUUUAACUAACUAUUUAGCAGUCUUAUGGCUUGGUGGUAGAAGCUGUUCAGGGUCCUGUUGGUUCCAGACUUGGUGCAUCGGUACUGCUUGCUGUGCGGUAGCAAAGAUAACAUUCUAUGACUUGGGUGGCUGGAGUUUGACCAUUUUUAGGUCCUUCCUCUGACACCGCCUGGUAUAGAGGUCCUGGAUGGCAGGAAGCUUGGCCCCAGUGAUGUACUGGGCUGUACGCACUACCCACUGUAGCGCCUUGCAGUCGGAUGCCAAGCAGUUGCCAUACCAAGCGGUGAUGCAGCCAGUCAAGAUGCUCUCAAUGGUGCAGUGUAUCACUUUUUGAGGAUCUGAGGGCCCAUGCCAAAUCUUUUCAGCCUCACGACAGUGUUUGUGUGUUUGGACCAUGAUAAUUCCUUAGUGAUGUGGACACCCAUGAACUUGAAGCUCUCGACCCGCUCCACUACAGCCCCGUUGAUGUGGAUGGGGGCAUUCUCAGCCGUCCAUUUCCUGUAGUCCACUAUCAGCUUCGUUGUCUUGCUGACGUUGAAGGAGAGGUUGAUGUCCUGGCACAUCACUGCCAGGUCACAGACCUCCUCCCUGUAGGGCAGAGAACAUCAACUAGAUUCAGUCGCGGACCGUUUUUUUCAUUUUUCUUGAGUAGAUGGUAAGGGGGCCGGAACAUAAUUACAAAUCAUUUGUAGACAGCAAAUUGACCGCAAGAAACCCAAACAGAUAAUAUUUCACUACAACAUCAUUUCAAACCUUGCUUACAUUUGUUUACGAUCACAUAUACAGUUGAAGUAUGACGUUUACAUACACCUUAGCCAAAUACAUUUAAACUCAGUUUUUCACAAUUCCUGACAUUUAAUCCUAGUACAAAUUCCCUGUCUUAGGUCAGUUAGGAUCAACACUUUAUUUUAAGAAUGUGAAAUGUCAGAAUAAUAGUGGAGAGAGAUUUAUUUCAGCUUUUAUUUAUUUCAUCACAUUCCCAGUGGGUCAAAGUUUACAUACACUCAAUUAGUAUUUGGUAGCAUUGCCUUUAAAUUGUUUAAUUUGGGUCAAACGUUUCAGGUAGCCUUCCACAAGCUUCCCACAAUACGUUUGGUGAAUUUCGGCCCAUUCCUCCUGACAGAGCUGGUUUAACUGAGUCAGGUUUGUAGGCCUCCUUGCUCGCACACGCUUUUUCAGUUCUGCCCACACAUUUUCUAUACGAUUGAGGUCAGGGCUUUGUGAUGGCCACUCCAAUACCUUGACUUUGUUGUCCUUAAGCCAUUUUGCCACAACUUUGGGAGUAUGCUUGGGGUCAUUGUCCAUUUGGAAGACCCAUUUAUGACCAAGCUUUAACUUCCUGACUGAUAUCUUGAGAUGUUGCUUCAAUAUAGCCACAUAAUUUUCCUUCCUCAUGAUGCCAUCUAUUUUGUGAAGUGCACCAGUCCCUCCUGCAGCAAAGUACCCCCACAGCAUGAUGCUGCCACCCACGUGCUUCACGGUUGGGAUGGUCUUCUUCGGCUUGCAAGCAACCCCCUUUUUCCUCCAAACAUAACGAUGGUCAUUAUGGCCAAACAGUUCUAUUUUUGUUUCAUCAGACCAGAGGACAUUUCUCCAAAAAGUACGAUCUUUGUCCCUAUGUGCAGUUGCAAACCGUAGUCUGGCUUUUUUAUGGUGGUUUUGGAGCAGUGGCUUCUUCCUUGCUGAGCGGCCUUUCAGGUUAUGUGGAUAUAGAUACUUUUGUACCUGUUUCCUCUAGCAUCUUCACAAGGUCCUUUGCUGUUCUGGGAUUGAUUUCCACUUUUUGCACCAAAGUACGUUAAUCUCUAGGAAACAGAACGCGUCUCCUUCCUGAGCGGUAUGACAGCUGCGUGGUCCCAUGGUGUUUAUACUUGCAUACUAUUGUUUGUACAGAUGAACGUGGUACCUUCAGGUGUUUGGAAAUUGCUCCCAAGGAUGAACCAGACUUGUGGAGGUCUACAAUUCUUUUUCUUAGGUCUUGGCUGAUUUCGUUUGAUUUUCCCAUGAUGUCAAGCAAAGAGGCACUGAGUUUGAAGGUAGGCCUUGAAAUACAUCCACAGGUACACCUCCAAUUGAGUCAAAUUAUGUCAAUUAGCCUAUCAGAAGCUUCUAAAGCCAUGACAUCAUUUUCUUGAAUUUUCCAAGCUGUUUAAAGGCACAGUCAACUUAGUGUAUGUAAACUUCUGACCCACUGGAAUUGUGAUACAGUGAAUUAUAAGUGAAAUAAUCUGUCUGUAAACAAUUGUUUGAAAAAUUACUUGUGUCAUGCACAAAGUAGAUGUCCUAACCGACUUGCCAAAACUAUAGUUUGUUAACAAGAAAUUUGUGGAGUGGUUGAAAAACGAGUUUUAAUGACUCCAACCUAAGUGUAUGUAAACUUCUGACUUCAACUGUAUCUAUGUGUGGGAUUACUUUGGAACAGAUUCUCAAAAUUAAAAUCACUUGGAGCUGAUUUGCUGGUGUUUUUAGCCUUAUGUCCAACAAUUAAAAAAUGUAAAUAAAAAUGUAUUUAUUUAGCCAAAAAAUCGUCCCGCAGGCCGCCAGUUGGGGAACCCUGCUGUAGGCUGUCUCGUCGUCGGUGAUCAGGCUAUAUAUGGGUUUAUGGUUUUAUGUGAUUCCACAUACUAUGUAUGACAUUGUAAAGGUUAUACGUAUUCAAUAACCCUUUGGUUUUUGAUUGAAUAGGCUUCAUUGCUCUUUUUUCAGUUGGUUAAACCUCACCCCAAUUCUGCUCCCCCUUGUCUCAGAAAUAAGUACCUAAUCUCUAGAUUUAUUAAAAACAUAGAGGCACAACCAAGUGGUGAAACUCCCAAUAACCUAUUCAUGAAAAACCUAUGGAUUGUGUGUUAGCACAUACUACAAGACUGAUUUAAAUAUUGGAUGCAGGACAUUGAAACUCUUUUGAAAGAACAGACAUUCUACGCCCUGAGCGAACUUGAGAGUAAUUUCUGUCUCCUUUUGAUUCUCUCUCAUGUUUGGGCAUGUCGUGCAGUCUGUAAUAACGUUGGGAGGGUGGGAACUCCUUAAAGUAGCCGUGCUAAUGUGUGAUUUAAUGACUAGCAGUGCUCUGUGGUUUCCUUCAUGAAAAAUAAGAGCACUCUUUAUUUUCUUGAUAGUGACAUCAUGGUUGUGUCCCAAAAGGCACCCUAUUCACUAUGUAGUGCACUUCUUUUGACCAGGGCCCAUAUCAGAAGUAGUGCACUAAAUAGUAAUAGAGUGUACUUUCUUCUUGUUUGUGAACCCUCUGCUUGUCAUGGAAUGCAGAUGGGGGUGUAACAUCUUAAUACUAGUGUACGUCUGGUCUUUAAAAUGAUUAAAUGACGUGACCGUCUGCGUCAUUGCAUCAUGUCAAUUCUAUGUGGCCACCACAUCAGUGUUUAUAGGUCACACUUGUUUUGUACAUGCCAUUUGAAUUAACAUUUUAUAACUGUUAUUAAUGAGGUGUUGUAGAACCACUGAAGCCUCCAUAAUGCAUUCAGCUGUCCCAUUGUUUUGUUUUUACUCAGACCUAGUGGCCUGUUGUUCAGUUUGGACUUCCUGAGCACAGAAGGGGUUGUUGUCUUGUGCCUGUAUCUUAUUGGUCCAAGAAGGUGUAUCACUGAUCUGUUGUCAAACAGGACGGGAAGGACUGACCCUUAACUUCCUUUGUGUUUCUCCUUUUGGAGUAGGCUGAAGUUGCACCUAGACCCAUAUCCUGGGUCAGUUUUGCAUUUCCCCCACUAAUGGUUAAGGUUAGGAUUGGGCGAGGGGAAGCUGAUCCUAGAUUAGUUCCUAGGGAAACUUCACCCCGGAGUACUUCUUUUAAGUCUCACAUCAUGUCUCUCAUCCCCUCUCUCCCAUGUUUGUCUCUCAACAGCACCAAAAUGCCAAACUGGGGAGGAGGUAACAAGUGUGGUGCAUGCCAGGGGACGGUGUACCAUGCCGAGGAGGUGCAGUGUGAUGGGAAGAGCUUCCACAAGUGUUGCUUCCUCUGCAGUGAGUGUGACCUCAUUUUCUCUCCUCAGUGUUGGAUCAGCCUACCUGGGGUGUGUUCAGCAGGAUGCAACAUUUUGGAACGUUAUAUCUGCAAUAUUCUACAAUGUUUGGCUACUGAACGUGGUGGCCAUGUUAGUCCACUUUGACCGUGUCAAGAAACAAGCCCAGGUCUAAAUCAGUCCUUGAUUAGAGGGACUAAUGAACAAAAGUAAUGGAACUGGCUUCGAGGUCAAGAUUUGAAUUUGAGCGGACUAGAGGGUGUGUCUGGGCAGGGCAUGUGAACCAACAUAUAGUCAACCCCCAUCUGGAAUGGUCUUUCCCGUUCACUUAAAUAUGAAUGGGAACCAUGAGAAAGGAACUAUAACUUGAGGAAGUUAUAUGAUAGAUUGGUGAACUUCAGUUUGACCCCUAUGCAAUGGAUCAUGCACAAUGCUAACCAACACAAUGCAUUGAUGUGGGUCUCAUCUCAGCCCAUAGCUCAAUAAAUAGUAACUGGACAUGGUCCUGCUAGCCGUAUGAGAUUGGGUGUGUGCACCUCCCUCUCUUGAACCGGUUGAAACGUCAGUGAAGAAGACGUUUUGGGGACCUUGACUGGAGUGCACACACUGAAAGCACAUGCUGUGAAUUAGCACUCUGCCAUCAAAGAAAGCGGAAAAACAAUCUGGCCCAAAAAUGAAGUGUUUAUUUUUGUGGGGUCCUUAGAGAAGCGGCUUUGUUUAGAGCAGGCAGCCCUAUAGAGGAGUUAAUGAGCAGUGAGAGCCAAUAGGCGCAUCUCAAAUGGCACCCUAUUCCCUACAUAGUGCACUACUUUCAACCAGGGCCCAUAGGGUAGUGCACUAUAUAGGAAACAGGGUGCCAUUUAGACAAAAGUCUCCGCCAUCUUUCUCUUUCACUAUGAUCUUCCCUUUCUCAUUUAUGCAUGAAGAUGUGGUUGACGUGGUUUGUCACCUUGCUUGGUGGGAUAGAUUCCGUUUUUUCAGAAGAGCGCCUGUCCUCAUCUUUUAGUAACCUUUUAUGCAUUAGUAAAUUACUAAUGCACCUACCUCCAGUUUUGGUUUGUUGAACUAAAUGAAGCCACGCUAUUUAGACACAAUUUUUCAAAUGGUAGUUAUACAGUGGUAGCAAUGGUAGUUAUAGGGCGGCAGGUAGCUUAGUGGUUAAGAGCGUUGUGCCAGUAACUGAAAGGUCGCUGGUUCUAAUCCCCGAGCCGACUAGAUGAAAAAAUCUGUCGAUGUGCCCUUGAGCAAGGCACUUAAACCUAAUUGCUCAUGUAAGUCGCUCUGGAUAAGAGCGUCUGCUAAAUGACUAAAAUGUAAAUGUUAUACAGUGGUAGUUAUGGUAGCAAUGGUAGUUAUACAGUGCUCUCUCUUGUACAGGAAGACUACAUUGUGGGAGAUGUAAAAUAAUCAUAUACUGUCUUAAACAUUGCAAAUGAAAAUUAUUUCAUCCGUAGUUAAAGUUGAAUCGUACUUUUUCACGUAAAUGUGUGUGGGAACCACCUUUCUCCUACAUGAUCAAACCGGAAGCCACCAUACUAUUUCACCGAUAGUCAAUUCAUACAGGAUGAUUUGAUAAACUUGACCCUGACCUGAGGGUGAUGGUAGCGGGGACAAAAGGACUGUGUUGACUCACUCCAUCAAUUCAGAUUGCACCUGAUGCAGUUAAUUGGAUUAAACUAGGGCACAAUCUGAAAGAAAGCUCUUAGUCAUUAGAAUUGACGACAAACAGGCACCCCUCUCGCUCUCUGUCCCUCUCUCUCUCACUUUCCCUUUCUCUCUCUCUCUCUUCGUGUCCCUUUCUCUCUCUCUCUCUCUGUGUCCCUUUCUCUCUCUCUGUGUCCCUUUCUCUCUCUCUCUCUGUGUCCCUUUCUCUCUCUCUCUCUAUCUCUCUCUCUCUGUGUCCCUUUCUCUCUCUAUCUCUCUCUGUGUCCCUUUCUCUCUCUCUGUGUCCCUUUCUCUCUCUCUCUGUGUCCCUUUCUCUCUCUGUGUGUCCCUUUCUCUCUCUCUCUGUGUCCCUUUCUCUCUCUGUGUGUCCCUUUCUCUCUCUCUCUGUGUGUCCCUUUCUCUCUCUGUGUGUACCUUUCUUUCUCUCUCUCUCUCUGUCCCUUUCUCUCUCUCUCUCUGUCCCAUUUGGAGACUAAAUCCGCCAUUGAGGAAUUAAUAGACCUUUUAGGGAAACUUGUGACAAUUCAGUGUCCCUCCAGUUACAAUGCAAUGUGUUGUUCAGACAAACAUCCUGUGUCAUUUACACAGCUUUAUUUAUUUUUCUCCCUUUCCAGUGGUCUGCAGAAAGGGUUUAGACAGCAACAAUGUGGCCAUCCACGACACUGAGAUCUACUGCAAGUCCUGCUAUGGAAAGAAGUACGGCCCCAAGGGCUACGGCUACGGUCAGGGGGCUGGAACACUCAACAUGGACCGUGGAGAGAGACUGGGGAUCAAACCAGAGGAGUAUGUGUGUAGUAUAUACAGUGAGGGAAAAAAGUAUUUGAUCCCCUGCUGAUUUUGUACGUUUGCCCACUGACAAAGAAAUGAUCAGUCUAUAAUUUUAUGGUAGGUUAUUUGAACAGUGAGAGAAGAAUAACAACAAAAAAAUCCAGAAAAAUGCAUGUCAAAUGUUGUUCUAAAUUGAUUUGCUUUAUGAGGGAAAUAAGUAUUGACCCCCUCUCAAUCAGAAAGAUUUCUGGCUCCCAGGUGUCUUUUAUACAGGUAACGACUGAGAUUAGGAGCACACUCUUAAAGGGAGUGCUCCUAAUCUCAGCUUGUUACCUGUAUAAAAGACACCUGUCCACAGAAGCAAUCAAUCAAUCAGAUUCCAAACUCUCCACCAUGGCCAAGACCAAAGAGCUCUCCAAGGAUGUCAGGGACAAGAUUGUAGACCUACACAAGGCUGAAUGGGCUACAAGACCAUCGCCAAGCAGCUUGGUGAGAAGGUGACAACAGUUGGUGCGAUUAUUGCAAAUGGAAGAAACACAAAAUAACUGUCAAUCUCCCUCGGCCCGGGGCUCCAUGCAAGAUCUCACCUCGUGGAGUUGCAAUGAUCAUGAGAACGGUGAGGAAUCAGCCCAGAACUACACGGGAGGAUCUUGUCAAUGAUCUCAAGGCAGCUGGGACCAUAGUCACCAGAAAAACAAUUGGUAACACACUACGCCGUGAAGGACUGAAAUCCUGCAGCGCCCGCAAGGUCCCCUGCUCAAGAAAGCACAUAUACAUGCCCGUCUGAAGUUUGCCAAUGAACAUCUGAAUGAUUCAGAGGAGAACUGGGUGAAAAUGUUGUGGUCAGAUGAGACCAAAAUGGAGCUCUUUGGCAUCAACUCAACUCACCGUGUUUGGAGGAGGAGGAAUGCUGCCUAUGACCCCAAGAACACCAUCCCCACCGUCAAACAUGGAGGUGGAAACAUUAUGCUUUGGGGGUGUUUUUCUGCUAAGGGGACAGGACAACUUCACUGCAUCAAAGGGACGAUGGACGGGGCCAUGUACCAUCAAAUCUUGGGUGAGAACCUCCUUCCCUCAGCCAGGGCAUUGAAAAUGGGUCGUGGAUGGGUAUUCCAGCAUGACAAUGACCCAAAACACACGGCCAAGGCAACAAAGGAGUGGCUCAAGAAGAAGCACAUUAAGGUCCUGGAGUGGCCUAGCCAGUCUCCAGACCUUAAUCCCAUAGAAAAUCUGUGGAGGGAGCUGAAGGUUCGAGUUGCCAAACGUCAGCCCCGAAACCUUAAUGACUUGGAGAAGUUCUGCAAAGAGGAGUGGGACAAAAUCUGUUGAUGUGCCCUUGAGCAAUGCACUUAACGCUAAUUGCUCCUGCAAGUCACUCUGGAUAAGAGUGUAUGCUAAAUGACUGAAAUGUAAAUGUAAAAUUAUUACAAAGGGAAACCCAGCCAUCGGAUUAGACCUGAUGCGAUUGUUCAAUUUAUUAUAAAUCCAUUGGUGCUCAUGUGCAUUUCCACUGACACACAGUUGCUCAACAGUUAUCCAAUGGUUCCCGGAUCAUCUGAUAAAUACUGUGCAAACUUCCAGAGUUCAGCCUAAGAUGCAUUAGACUGGCUUGGCCAAUCGUAGAGCGUGUACACACGUCUGUCAAUAAACUAUAUUUCUAUAAACUAACAACUAUAAAGAAGAUCCUAGAUCAGCACUCCUAAUCUGAAAUGCUUUUUGAAUAUGGGUCCAGACUCAUUAUAUUGCAGCAUGACACUCUUUCUACAUAGUUGUGUUUCGAAGAGACCUGGGAAUGCCCUGAUAGGCUCCUAGUCAGAGCUGUGGUAAUGUCCAGUAACCUCACACUAACCUCCUAGUCAGUCAGAGCCGGGGUAACGGCCAGUAACCUCCUAGUCAGUCAGAGCCGUGGUAACGGCCAGUAACCUCCUAGUCAGUCAGAGCCGUGGUAACGGCCAGUAACCUCCUAGUCAGUCAGAGCCGUGGUAACGGCCAGUAACCUCCUAGUCAGUCAGAGCCGUGGUAACGGCCAGUAACCACAUUUCUAACCACAUCUACUGUACACAUAUGGCUGUUUACCCAGAGUCUGGUGCUGUUGUUAUGAAAGGGCCCCAUUAUGUAACCGAACCACAGGCUCCUGGGCAGCCCUGCUGACCCUGGUCUCUCUCUCCACACUGUCCCCGGCACAAAGCCUCCCAUUCAGGGCCUUUGGGGCAGGCAGUUCCCGUUCAUUAGGCAGCACUCCAGGGCCCCAGAGUUUACCCAGCGCCUACCCAAGCCUGACGCCUGGGGACGAGAGGAGAGAGGGGCCUGGUGGGUUCCCCAAAGAACCAGAGGGGAUCUGUUCCCCAAAGAACCAGAGGGGAUCUGUUCCCCUAACUUCUCUAAUGCUGUUUGUUUGUGCACACCUUCAGGACCCAGUGUCACAGACCCAGCACCAACCCCAACUCCUCCAAAUUCGCCCAGAAAUUUGGGGGCUCGGAUAAGUGCGGCCGGUGUGGGGAGUCAGUGUAUGCCGCGGAGAAGAUCGUGGGGGCAGGCAAGGUGAGAGGGGGGAGGGACUUGGAGUGAAUAAGUGGAGCAGGGAAUUAAGGUUUUGAGCUCACUGUAGUGACCACCAUUGAUUGAAAACAGGUGGGUUUACUUUGCAAGGGGCCAAUUGGAUGGAUUCAUUAUAGGAAAUUCAUAAGACAGAAAUCUCAUUUUUCUGGCCUAAGCUUUGUCAUAAAUUCUGAAUUUGGAGGGCUGGCUUCCAGGCAGCUGGUGUAGAAAUCUGCAGUGCUGACUGGCUGGCUAAAAGGAUUCAGGCAGAUGUAGGCCAUCACACACGUCAUGGCAGGCUGAAGACAUUUUAGCCUGACUUUAACUAGUGUUACGCUGCAUUCUGCGGCUCACAAUGAGAGGAAAUGUACAGUAUGUGAAGGAUUAUGGCAACACAAUAGGAAUCCUUUGAUAAUCAGAUCUGGCAUCCAGAUUCCAGGUCCAGAUGUUAGGACAAUGGCUGUAUGAUUUUUAAAAGUAUAGUAUACUGCUGGAAAAUGAAAAGCAUUAGAAUCUCUCAAUGCACACCAGUUGAUCAAUUCUUCAUCCCUUGUCUUAUUCCCCAGUAAUAAAUAAAGUAGGAUCUUAUCUAAUCUUAACAGCCAUGGCAUAAGAACUGCUUCCGGUGUGCCAAGUGUGGGAAGAGCCUGGAGUCUACCACCCAGACAGAGAAAGAUGGAGAGAUCUACUGCAAAGGUGAGACAUCAGGUUUCUAGAUUCCCUUUCAGGCUUGGGCCUGCAUGGUCACCAGUGUGAGGGAACCGUUGUAGGGUGAAGUUGCCCCUAGAAGCUGAUCUUGGUUCAGCAUUAGGAUUGGGGGAGGGAAAGCUGAUCCUAGAUCUGUACCUAGAGGAAACAUCACCCCGGAGCAGUCACCAGAGCGAAGGAACUCAACACAACCACCAUAGGCAGAUUAUAUGAUUUAUACCUGAGGCAAAAUAACUAGAUGAACUAGCUGUUACAUAAAAGCACUGCAAAACAGGAGCAUUAUACUAUUACCAGAGGGCAUUGGAGGCCAUGUAUUCAAGCUGGGUUUGUGUGCCUUGGGUAGGAUAGAGGGCACUGGACUUUUCAAGCUUGUUAAGUGUUUGUUACUCUUUUUCCAUGUCCCCUGGAAAUCUAACAGCUAGAAUUCAAGUCAUGAUGCCCUAAACAUUCCAAAUACAUCUUCCACAAUGGCUCCUCUUUCCAGAUCAUGCACACCCAAUGGCGUUGGAAUGUUUUUGUAAACAAUAGAUUAAGCGGUCCAUGUACACACACAGUCCCAUACACACAUAGCACUAAGGGGUUCUUUAUUGAAACUCAAGGGGGAAUCCUAGGCCCCGUAAACACUCAACUUGUCCAACUGACGCACAAUGCAUCUGACUCAUCAGUUGUAAUAUCAUGUAAGAACUGUCAUACAAGUUUGUUUGCACAAAAAUGUUUUACAAAACCAUUGUGUUGUCGUCUCCACAACAGCAGUGUAAUCAUUUGAGUGCAGAUCAACUCUUGGUUGUAUCACAAACAUUUUGUCAAAUGCAUUGUACAACCUGAGUGUGUACAGGGACCCAGAGCCAAGGGGCGGAUGGAUCAGUUGGCUUUUAAAAAUUCACCAGGAUAAACAUUGGACUGAUGAACAGGAAUAAACCAGGGUUCUCCAACCCUGUUCCUGGAGAGCUACAAUCCUGUAGGUUUUAACUCCAACCCUAAUCUAGUGCACCUGAUUCUAAUAAUUAGCUGGUUGAUAAACUGAAUCAGGUUAGUUACAACUGGGGUUGGAGCGAAAACCUACAGGAGGGUAGCUCUCCAGGAACAGGGUUGGAGAACCCUGCCAUAAACUAUUGCCACUGUGGUAGUGCAGUCAAACGUUGCCCACACAGCAUUGAGAUCAUCAGGCUUGUUUUGAUUUGGGUUCUGCUGUUUAUGUUCUGCGGUGUGAUAACUAAUGUAUUCACUUCUCAUUGUAUCAGCAAGCAAACGGAAAGAGAGCUCACAGGAAAACGUAGUCCAUUGUAAGGUUACUUUUCUUCACUAGUGUUGUAUUCAACACUGCAAUGGAGAAAGCUAUCACCCUUUGACCAAUGUUUAGUGACAUGUUUUAGGAUGCAUCAGCAUUUCCAUACUCAUAGUUUUCUUUGUCCCCAGCAUGUUACGCAAAGAACUUUGGACCCAAAGGAUUUGGUUAUGGCCAGGGAGCUGGGGCUCUGGUGCAUGCCAAAUGAUGACCACCAGCCACCCUCAAGACAAUAAUACCUUGUGUAUUUCUGACUGUGAAAACCAAUGACUCAAGUGCCUAUGCUUCUGUGUUUUUUUUAGAGGGUGGGGGAGGAUUUACAAUUUACAAAUACACAAUAAAUAAAUCUAUUUCAAAAAACAACUUAAGUGUGAAAUAUUAUCAGAACAAUUUAGCCCUAGAAGAAAACACAAGAGAGCAACACAUCUGUAUUUUCACAUUUGAAUGUAUUUUAUUAUUAAAGCCAUUAAAAUUUAACCAUGCCCAAUAUAUUAACAUCUGAAGCAGGGUUAUGGUGAUGUCCUGAAGAAGGUGGAGAGGCACUGUAGAUGAUCAUGUGCUUUUCACAUGGUGGCAGCUGGGGAAAAAUGACAUUUGUUGGAAGAGCCAGUGUGAAAAGCCUGAUCCCAGAUCUGUUUGUGCUCUUGCCAACUCCAUUCCUCAUUGUCAAGACAACCAUGUUUGUCAUGACGAGU